CGGGCGGAGGGGAGUCCCCGGAGGAUCCUGGGCACAGCCGGAUUUAAGGAGCGGCGCCGGACCGAAGGAGCCUCGCCCCGACCGUGCCUGCAGGAGCCGCCACCAUGCCCGUCAAAGGAGGCACCAAGUGCAUCAAGUACCUGCUCUUCGGCUUCAACUUCAUCUUCUGGCUGGCAGGGACAGCAGUUCUUGCAGUUGGACUAUGGCUUCACUUUGAUUCACAGACCAAAAGCAUCUUUGAACUGGAAUCCAACCAGACGACGUUUUACACAGGUGUUUACAUCCUUAUUGGAGCUGGGGCACUUAUGAUGCUGGUUGGUUUCUUGGGAUGCUGUGGUGCAUCACAGGAAUCUCAGUGUAUGCUUGGCCUGUUCUUCUUCUUCCUUUUUGUGAUUUUUGCCCUUGAAAUUGGUGCUGGAAUCUGGGGAUUUUCAAACAAAGAAAAGAUUAUUGACGAGUUGAAGGAGUUCUACAUGGACACCUAUAAGAAGAGAACUCAACCAGGUGCCAAAGAGACCCUGACAGCAUUUCAGCUCGCUCUGAACUGCUGUGGCCUUACUGGAAGUAUUGAGCAGAUGUUCAUGGAAACCUGUCCGAAAAAGACGUUGACUGAGGCAAUCACUGUAAAGUCCUGCCCUGCUGCCAUCGAUGACGUCUUCAAAUCGAAAUUCAAUGUCAUUGGAGCAGUUGGCCUUUGCAUUGCUGUGAUGAUGGUUAUUGGCAUGAUAUUCAGUAUGAUUCUCUGCUGUGCCAUCCGCAGGGAAAGAGAGAUGGUCUAAGAGCUACAAACCCAAGACUCCUGCACUAUAAAAUCUUUGUCAUUAACUUUAGUGUUCUGAGAGCAUUUCUAAAAAGUUAUAUAUUUGUUACCUUUUUAAUGCUUUAUUUGGUACUGAUGUAGGUUUUGCUUUUUAUGUUAUAGGUUAAAAUGAUAAAGGUUUAUCUGACUCAACACAAAUAUUGUACAUAAAAUAUCUGACUUUCUUGAAACUUACAUAAUUUGGAUAUAAUUUAUGUUGGAGACAAUUUGAUAAUAAAGAGUAAGAUGUAUUGUAUUGUUUGUGGGGGAGGAGAGAUGUUGCUGUAUUGAUUAAUCCUACUGUUUGAUGCAUAGCAUGGAGUGGAACUUGCAUAACAUGAUAAGUGUUAAAUCCCUAGGGCUUUAGUACAAAGCAGGAAAUAACUCCUAUAUCAAUGCCAUAUUUGAAGGGAAUUCCAAGGAGUGGGAGAUGCUGUCAGAGCACGUUAGAGAAGGCAUGGCCAUUCCUCCUUUCCUUGGCGUGUGGAACAAAAGCAGGUCUUAAUAACAUUCCUAAAAUGUCACUGCAGUAACACUUUACUGUCGUCUUCCUGGAGGGUGGCAAAGGCUGAGUGUCACCAGGGUGAUGUGCAGGCACUGGUGCCUUGAUGCAGCCAGGCUGGGCUCUGCUCUGGAGCCAGCUGGGCCUCCUUACAUCAGCCUGUCUGCUGGCAGAACUGUCCCCUGACGUGGCCUAGGUCCCUCAGCAAGGCAGAUUCCCUAGUGUUUGCUCAGGAUUUUUGCACUGGCUGGCUUUGUGCAUUGUUUCUCCAAAGCCACAGGGGUACAAUCUCAAGGGCUUACAACACGUGUGCCAAAUCUCAGGUUUCCAAUUGGAAUAAACACAAGUUGCAUGAGAAGUUACUGUCCAGCUCUGCAGUUGCAGAGUUGUGGCUUAACCUGUUUCAGUUAAAAAAUGGAUGUGGGAGAGAGUGGAGACAUCAAUGUGGAACCCUUAGCUUGAAGAAUUACCAGUUUGUCCUAUACUUCUGCUCUAAAUGGCUUUUUAAGUGGGUUUUGUCUCAAAUACCUUCUGGUGGGGGCUGCCCAUGGGGUCCUUACCAGCAAGUCAAUGUGCUAUACCUCGUAUUCCCUCACUGUAGUAUCUCAUCUGUGUUCUCAGAAGCUUCUGGUCUUUGGGUGCUACAAAUAUCUCUUGGUAUUCUUUGCUUGUUCCCACUUUUCUCUUGCAAGGAGGUUGGUAUUUACUAUGAGAAAUACUGGAUUUUGUGAGGGUUGGGCUCUUUUUGAAGCUCUGAAUGAUGCAUGAAUGUAUUGCCACCGUUGUGUUACCCACUGUCACUUGUCUAAGGCAACCAUGCAGCUCUCCUCUGUAAUAUGUUGCACUGUUCUGUGUUCGUGGGCUUUCUGAAAAAAGAAUUUAAAAAAAUUCAAAUGGUAA